AUGAGUUCAUCAGAUGAUGAGUCCGACGCGAUGUCUGUUGUUUUCGUAUCAUUGAACAUUACGGAGACGACAAAUGUAAACGGAACUGGUAAUUUGACAAAAACGUUUUCGAAAAGACCAAAUGAAGAUUCAUCAAUUACAAAUAUUUUAGUUGGUAUUGGUAUCGUCGCAGUUGCGCUAGGUUUACUCGUUGCACUGAUAAAAUUGAUACGAAUAUGCUACAAAAUGUGGCAAGCAGAAGAUGAGGAGGAGAACAAAACAGAUCAAAUGAAAAAUGCACCACUUCUACCUUUGUCAGGUUCAAAAGCCGUUCGUCGAAAUUCAUCUAUACGUAAUCCAAACGCUCCGAUACAUCGCUCAAGUCUUAAUAUUGAAACUCAAAUGGAAAUCCGACAGAAACGGCUCUCACAAACGUACAGUAACACUCCACCGGCUGUCAAAAAACCUUAA